GUUGACUGAAUAGAAAGAAAAGACGUCUUGGUUGGUUUUGGGGUUUGGGUUUAAGGAGGGGAAGGAAAAAAGAGUAAGAAAUUGAUUCUUUAUUUGUUUGGGAAGGGAAGAAGAAAGAAAGAAAAGCAUUGAAUCUGAUCGAAAGAGGAAGUAAUGAAAAUGGGGAUUUCCAAGACAAGCACUGAGGUUACCGACAAUUCCAAUUCCAAUAGCAACAGCAAUAGCGAUAGCAGCAAUAGCAAUAGCAGCAGCAGCACUCAGACUGAAACUGACAACCAUAUCUCCCUUCCUGCUCCCUACGCCGAAGGAGAGAAGCUAUUGGCCACCCACUCUAAUCAUCUUUACGUAGCCAAGGUUAGGCAAGUUGAGUACAACAUCACUGAAGGCUGGCAGUUCCUCGUUCAUUAUCUCGGUUGGAAGAAAAGUUGGGAUGAAUGGGUUGGAAUGGAUCGUUUGAUGAAACACACCGAGGAAAAUAUGCGCAAAAAACGUGCCCUUGAUGAGAAGCAUGGCAUUGACAAGAAUCCGAAAGUCCCACGUGGUCCUCUGGCUAAAUCCAAGAGUACUAACGUUUCAAGAGGCCGGAAGCGACGGAAUGAACCUGUCAUCAAGCCCAAAACUGCUCUUGAUCCUGACAAGCUUGUCACCAUUCAAAUUCCUCCAACGCUGAAGAAACAACUACUUGAUGAUUGUGAGUUUAUUAACCAUCUCGGCAAGCUCGUUAAACUUCCUCGUUCUCCUAAUGUGAAAGACAUAUUGAAAAAUUAUUUUGAUUACAGAUUGAAGAAAUGUGGCUCGAUGGCUGAUUCGGUUGAAGAAAUUAUGAAAGGAUUGUGUCGUUACUUUGAUAAAGCACUGCCAGUGAUGCUCUUGUACAAGACCGAGCGCCAACAGUACCAAGAAGCUUGUCCAGCCAAUGUGUUUCCUUCUGCUAUAUAUGGUGCUGAGCAUUUGUUACGCCUCUUUGUUAAGUUGCCCGAGUUAUUGUUCCAUGCUAGCAUUGAAGAGGAGACAUUGACGGAGCUUCGGGCACAGUUUCUUGACUUUCUCAGGUUCUUGCAAAAAAAUCACAGCACACUCUUCCUUUCUACUUAUCAUGUUGCUGAAGAUAUGGAGAUUAGCUCCGAUAAAAAAGGUGACUAGGCUUGUCAGCCACAAUUAAUUUUGCUUUGUACAUAGUUCAUAGAGCUGCUGCCGGUAUAGAAUGUUUGUCACAGUUGCACCUUUACCUUCGUUUUAUCAAUAUGAUGUGAAAUUAGAUUUGGUGUAAACCUAGUUUUGGGAAAUGACGUUUUCAGAGGGUAUGGAGACUACCAAUUGUGGAAGGAAAUUACUAGCCAACUGAUCCUUAAUUUUAAAUACCAGUUGAUUUAGUUUUGUUUCA